AUGGCACCACCCCUUCUUCGCCAUCAAGCAUCACUCGAGUCUGUACUAGACUUCGCUACGACACCGCCAUUCACUCCGGACGAAGGAAUACAAGGACGUGCGGCAUUCAUGAAAAUAAUCGACCAUUCCAGCUCCUACGAGCUGACCCUCCCUCUUGUUCAUCGGAAGCCAUACAAUCGAGGCAAAUUGCUCUGGCUAGUACACGAACAUGCGAUUUCGGAUUAUGCUCGAGAUAAUAUCCUUGUGUACUUCCUUACAACAUUACUAGAGAGUCCCGGACCUCCGCACGGCUUUUCUGAUGCUCUUGCCGAUCUGGCCGGGUUCGAGGAGAAGAGCAAAGAAGAAAAGGAUCAAAUCGCACAGAGGGUCCAAGAACUAGCUGACCAUCUUGUCGAUUACUUCUUUCUACCUUUCAAGGGCUUAUCUGCGAAAACGCCCCAACCAACACCCCGCCUGUCCGCCCCACUCCAGCAAGACGAUAAUACACUAGUAGGAACUACCCAGCGGCUCAAAUCACUUCGAGGGAGAUGUCUUCUACGGGAUCGCCAUCGAUGUGUGAUCUCGCGCCUCUUUGACGCAGAAGAAGCAGAUCGCCGUCUUGAAAUAAAUGGUCGUGAUGCAACAGAUGACGAUGGGCUACCUCUUAUAAAUGAGGAGGUGGAAUAUCUUGAAGUUGCCCAUAUAAUCCCACAUGCGCUAGCAUCUUCGGAUGACCCUUCAAAGCUACUAGGUAAUGGCAAGGCAUACGCUUUGCGGGUUCUCGAUAUGUUUGAUCCUGGCAUUAUCCACUUGGUUCAAGGCGCUAACAUCGACCGACCGUACAAUGCUCUUACUUUAUCACUCGGUUUUCGUCGACAUUUCGGAAGCCUAAAGAUCUUCUUUGAGGCUGUACCUGGUUUCCCAAAUAGAUAUAUAAUCAAGGCCACAAACCCUCUCUCACGGUUCCGCCCUACGUUGCCUAUUACCCGAGAUCUUUUUAUUACCUCUGAUCACAACAUCGAUCCUCCUAUGGCCCGCCUCCUCGCCAUUCACCGAGCCUGCUGUCUGAUCAUGCACCUAAGUGGUGCUGGAGAGUAUAUUGAUAAGGUCCUCCGGGAUAUGGAAGAAAUCGGUGUAAGGAGUGACGGGACAACAGAGCUUGGCAGUAUAAUAAGCCUAAGGCUUCACCAGCGAGGAGAGCAGGCGAAAGUAUUUUAG